CUUUGAUUUAUAGAUCCUAUGGAGAAUUGAAUUACUGCAGUGUAUAUUUGGAUAAGGAAGAUUUACAGCUGAAUAACAUUCUUGGAUUCUGAACAAUACAUUCAUCUGACACAAUGUUUGACGAGGACUACAUUGCGAUUGAAGCCGAAAUUGUGGAACCCAGCGAUUCUGAGUUCGACCUGGUUACGCCCACCCCAGUGCAGCUUCUAAACAGCACAGUACGUUUCUGCACAACAAAUUACACCACAAAUGUGACAAUUUGCAAUAAUACUGUUAACACUGCUAGGAUAGAUUAUAGUGCCAUGGAACGCGUCAUUGGUAUAGUUGUGCCAAUUUUGUUUGGAAUCAUUGUGGUGGUAGGCCUCAUCGGUAACACUCUGGUGGUGAUCGUCGUAGCAUGCAAUCCACAAAUGAGAUCCACCACUAAUGUCCUUAUCAUAAAUUUAGCCGUAGCUGAUCUUUUGUUCAUCAUGUUCUGCGUACCUUUCACAGCCUUUGAUUAUGCUCUUCCUUACUGGCCUUUCGGGGAUGCCUGGUGCAGAGUCGUCCAGUAUCUGGUCAUAGUUUGUGCUUACGCUAGUAUUUAUACAUUAGUCCUUAUGUCUCUUGAUCGUUUCCUGGCUGUUGUUCAUCCCAUCACAUCCAUGUCCAUUCGCACUGUCCGAAAUGCGUUUAUAGCGAUCGGAGUCAUGUGGGCAGUGAUUGUCCUCACUUGCAUACCAGCACUUCAGUCACAUGGCCAAGUAUCGUACACUUUUGAUGGUACCGAAUAUUCUGUUUGCAUAUUUCUAUCCAAUGAAGGAUAUAACUACGCUGCUUACCAGAUUUGUUUCUUCUUGUCAUCUUAUAUCAUACCUCUCGGGCUAAUAUUCGUGCUGUACAUGCUGAUGCUGAAGCGAUUAUGGUUUGGUGUUGCUCCAGGUGGUAGAGUUAGCGCAGAAAGUUUGAGAUCUAAAAAGAGAGUAACCCGAAUGGUUGUGAUUGUAGUCGUCAUAUUUGCAGUCUGCUGGUGUCCUAUCCAAAUCGUUUUGGUGCUAAAGAGUAUCGACUCAUACGGUCUCACUCCUUUGAGAAUUGUUGGUCAAAUCACUUCACAUAUAUUGGCAUACAUGAAUUCAUGUGUCAACCCUAUAUUGUACGCUUUCCUUUCAGACAAUUUUCGAAAGGCUUUUCACAAGGUAAUUGCUUGUAAUCAGAAGCGGUCCUCAAUGCCUAAUAAAAAUACUAUAGAGAAACAGACAGAGCGGGAGACCACUCUUAAUAAUGGCACAGCCACCAAGCAAACCGCCAACAACUCUAAUAAUGAUAUACUAUAAAUGCAUGGCUGUUAUGACUACAGACGUCGUACGUCUGCAGACUUACGGAAGAAUUCUCACUUUCAUGUGGUUUGCAAAUUGAAUCAGUGUGUGAUGUAAAUCCCAGUUCUUGUGUUAUGUGGUGUGCUUUACACGUUCACUUCGGCAUGUCAUGAUACUGUGAGAUAUCAAGUAAGAAACUCCGUACAACUCCCCACCAGUAUUCAAGCAAAUUCCAUACCAGCUAAAACUUCACUCAACGGAUAAGUAGAAAUACCAUUUUUAAAACUUGUAAGACAAUAACUGAAAUCUAUGUCAGUUUCUGUCGUUAUUGAACAUGGGCACUUAGCAGUUUAAUGUGCUAAACCAAUAUGACUAUCUUACAUUCUUAAAUACUAUGAUAACUUUCUUACUACUGCUUUGUAUUACUCAAGAAAAUUAUUUUGCACCUAGAAAUGAGACGAGAUAUAACGGACAAAUGCCUUACUUUGCAUUAUGCAAAGCAAGGAUUAAUAGAAUAAACUUCACAUGGUACAAACUACGUCUUACAAGUUGCUUCCAAAAUCGGCAGUAAGCAUGAAGUACUCAUGCUAGGUACUUAAUUUCAUUGUUGAAACCAGCAUCUUGCAAUUUGAUGAGCUGCAUUUUACGAAGUUGCAUAGCUUUAGAAAAUCGUUUUCGAAAAGUGUCAACGGAAUGAGCCGCCAAAAAAUUCAGUUGCAAUGCAUGAAAACAUGUUCUAUCUCGACUUUGCGUAGAGGACAUUUGAAAUGAUAGGACUGUGAAAUGAAAAUGGCUCAACAGAGUUUAAGCCUCGAUGCUCACUUUCUAAAUACACUAGAAUAGCUGAGGUAACUUCACGAAGAGAGAGUUGAACGGGCAUCCAUGCAUAUUCAUUCUCUCUUUAAAGAUUUCUCUUUGACUUGUUAACUAGAAUUUUAUUACUCAUUCAAUGUGAACAAAAAUUAAUUAAAUAACUUUGAUGUAAUACCUAAAUUUAAUGUAUUCUGUGUAAAAAGAGCACUGUUUGAUAAUAUAUAUUUUUUAUCACUAAUUCUUUAUAAUUUGAAUAUAAUGUCUACCAUUUUUAUCUUGACUGUUUAUGAAUUUCUUUUUGUGACAUUAGAGCAAGAACAUGUGUACUUUAUUAAGUCUCUGCUUUAUGCUGAUAGGUGAUUAAACAUCACCUAUCAGCAUUCUUAUAAGUCUCCUUAACAUUAGUAUUUAACGAUACGUUGACAUUAACCAUCUGCUCUAAGGCAUUGCUUCAAUUUUACUUAUUUUUGUCUCUGUAUGAUGUACGAUGUGACGAAUUUCGAAUUAAUGUACGAUGUGACGAAUACGAAUUUCAUGUAUUAGAACAAAGUGGCACAAAUAAAAUGGAACUCUGAA